GCUUGCAGCAGAGUGUUACACAGUCAAACUGGUAAAGCUGCUUCACGGGAUGAAGUGGUUUGGCAGUAUGUCCCUCAGCAGCAAAAGAAGUAAGAGGAGGAGUAGAAGGGGCAGCAAUCGCAGCUGUAACGGCGGAAGUAAUAGCACGCUGCUCUCCCUGGCUCUCCUGGUGGCGUUGACCAUGAUAGCCGAUCCCGUGGCGGCUCAAAAGCAGCGAACUGGUGGCUCAGAAAAAGUGCCGGUCCUGAACAUUGCAGUGAUCCUGGGACGCACGCGCUACAUCUCAGACCGGGACAUCCGAGCGCUGUGGAGCAAAGAAGACCCCAUCGAUGUCAACGUGGUCACACUGCUGGUCAAUGAGACUGAUCCAAAAAGCAUCAUCACCCACAUGUGCGACCUGAUGUCUGGAACCAAGAUCCACGGCGUGGUGUUCGGGGACGGCACUGACCAAGAGGCCAUCGCCCAGAUUUUGGAUUUUAUUUCCUCGCAGACGCUCAUACCAAUCUUGGGCAUUCAUGGAGGUUCGUCCAUGAUCAUGGCUGACAAGGAUGUGAAGUCAACGUUCUUCCAGUUUGGUGCCUCCAUCCAACAGGAGGCUCUGCUCAUGCUGAACAUCAUGGAAGAGUAUGACUGGCACAUAUUUUCCAUUGUCACAUCAAAGUUCCCAGGCUACCAGGAAUUCAUCAACAUCUUGAAAACUACUGUGGACAACAGUUUUGUGGGUUGGGACCUGCAGAAUAUCAUCACUCUGGAUGCCGUGGAGGAAGACAGCCGUUCUCAGAUCAUGCUGAAGAAGGUCCAGUCUCCAGUGGUCCUGCUGUACUGCUCCAAAGAUGAGGCGGUGUACAUCCUGGAGGAGGCACGCUCUCUGGGCCUCACCGGAUUCGGAUACAUCUGGAUUGUGCCAUCACUCACUACCGGCAACCCAGAAAUAACGCCAGACGCGUUCCCAUCGGGAAUGAUCUCGGUGUCGUACGAUGACUGGGAUUAUCCGCUGGAGGCGCGUGUUCGUGACGGAAUAGGCAUCAUAACGUCAGCGGCGGCAGCCAUGUUGGAUGAGUACGGCGACAUCCCUGAAGCCAAGACAGAAUGUUCUGUCCACCCUUUGCCCCACUAUAUCUCAUCCUCUGCUCCUUUCAUUCUCAGAUACAUGAUGAAUGUGACGUGGGAUGGCAGAGACUUGUCCUUCACAGAAGACGGCUACCAGGAAAACCCAAAGCUGGUGGUCAUUGUUCUUAACAAGGAGAGAGAGUGGGAGAAGAUGGGAAAACUGGACAAUCGUAGUCUGACACUAAAGUAUCCCGUGUGGCCACGUUUCAACUCCUUUGGUGACGCUGAGCUUGAUGACAACCACCUGUCCAUCGUCACCUUAGAGGAGAAACCCUUUGUCAUUGUGGAGGACGUGGAAAGACUCACUGGUACCUGCAUGAGGAACUCUGUGCCGUGUAGGAAGCAUAUCAAAGACAACACGACCGAGGCUGGUGGGACGUAUAUCAAGAAGUGCUGCAAAGGUUUCUGCAUCGACAUUCUGAAAAAGAUAGCCAAGUAUGUGAAGUUCACCUAUGACCUGUACCUGGUUACCAAUGGCAAGCAUGGCAAGAAGAUCAACAACGUCUGGAAUGGGAUGGUGGGAGAGGUGGUCUAUAAGAAAGCCGUCAUGGCCGUCGGAUCUCUGACGAUCAAUGAGGAGCGUUCUGAGGUCAUCGAUUUCUCCGUCCCGUUCGUGGAAACUGGGAUCAGUGUCAUGGUGUCCCGUAGCAAUGGAACUGUGUCCCCAUCAGCCUUCCUUGAGCCAUUCAGUGCAUCAGUGUGGGUGAUGAUGUUUGUGAUGCUCCUGCUGGUGACUGCAAUGGCUGUCUUCAUGUUCGAAUACAUCAGUCCUCUUGGCUUCAACAGAAACUUGGCACAGGGAAAAGACCCUCACGGCCCUUCCUUCACCAUGGGCAAGGCAGUGUGGUUGCUGUGGGGUCUGGUCUUCAACAACUCUGUGCCGGUGCAAAACCCAAAAGGAACCACCAGCAAGUUCAUAGUGUCAGUUUGGGCCUUCUUCGCUGUCAUCUUCUUGGCCUCCUACACUGCUAACCUGGCCGCCUUCAUGAUUCAGGAGGAGUUUGUCGACCAAGUCACCGGGCUUUCAGACAACAAGUUUCAGAACCCAUAUGCUUACUCGCCUCCGUUCCGCUUCGGGACCGUUCCAAAUGGUUCCACUGAAAGGAACAUCAGGAAGAACUACCCCGCCAUGCACCAGUAUAUGGUGAAGUAUCACCAAACUGGAGUCCAGGACGCACUCGUCAGCCUCAAAACGGGCAAGCUGGACGCCUUCAUCUAUGACGCUGCAGUGCUGAACUACAUGGCCGGUAGAGAUGAGGGAUGUAAGCUGGUGACCAUUGGUAGCGGGUACAUCUUUGCUACCACCGGCUAUGGGAUUGCUCUACAAAAAGGUUCCUACUGGAAACGACAGGUGGACCUGGCUAUCCUAGCAAUUAUCGGCGAUGGUGAAAUGGAGGAACUAGAAGCCCAGUGGCUCACAGGAAUUUGCCACAAUGAGAAGAACGAGGUGAUGUCCAGUCAGCUGGAUGUUGACAACAUGGCAGGGGUCUUCUACAUGCUGGCCACAGCCAUGGGGCUUUCCCUCAUUACCUUUGUCUCUGAGCAUCUCUUCUACUGGAGGCUUAGAUACUGCUUCACUGGGGUCUGCUCCGGCAAGCCGGGUCUUCUUUUCAGCAUCAGUCGGGGAAUCUGGAGUUGCAUCCAUGGAGUUCACAUUGACAUGAAGAAAAAGACAGACCUGGACUUUAGCCCCCAGGACAAAAUGCUGAAGCUCAUUAAGUCGGCCAAACAGAUGACCAACAUGUCUAACCUGGGUGGCUCCCGCAUGAACUCGCCCAAACGAGAGUUCAUGCACUCAGCUGGUCCUAUGAUCAUGGACAUGAUGGCAGAGAAGGGGAACUUCAUCUACGCUGACAACCGAAGCUAUGCCCCCAAAGAUAUGAUCUACGGGGAUGCUGGUGACCUGCAGUCCUAUCUCGCUAACCGCCACAAAGAUCAUCUUAACAACUACAUCUUCCAGGGAGGUCAGCAUCCUUUAACCCUGAAUGAUGCCAAUCCCAACACAGUGGAGGUAGCAGUAAGUGCUGACGCAGUCCAGACUAAUGCAAAGCCGCAACGUACGCUGUGGAAGAAGUCGGUGGACACGGUUCGCUCAGUACCACCCGGGCCCUCGCCGAUGCCUGACAUGCUGAUGCCAGACCCACGAAUGUCAAUGAAGACGCAGCGGUACCUCCCUGAAGACGCAGCCCAUUCUGACAUCUCAGACUGUUCUAGUAGAGCAGCCUCCUACAAGGACCCAGAAAACAACAAGCACCUGAAGCCCAAGGACAACUUAAAAAAAAGAUCGGUGACGUCAAAAUACCCAAGGGAUUGCAGUGAGGUGGAGCUGUCCUACUUAAAGACUAAGCAGGUCAGCGGCGGAACCAACCAAACUGGGAGAGGAGGAGGAGGAGAGAAAAUCUACACUAUCGACUCAGACCGGGAGCUGAGCCUCCACUCAGACCCCAUUCACUACCGUGAGAGCCGCGGUCUUGCUGCGGAUGAUUUGGAAUACCCCGAAAUCUACUCCGACCACAGUGACAACUAUAGGAAGUGUGAGCAGCCCAUUAUUCAUCUGAACUCCUCGCCUUUGCAUCAUACAGACUCGGAUCUUCUACCAGAUCCAACUUACUCAAAACACUACAACCUGAAAGAGAAAAACCUUGCCCUGUCCCCGCAUGAAUCCAUUGAUCGCUACAAACAGACACACUGCCGUUCCUGCUUAUCCAAAGUGACUGCUAGCUACCCACCUGCAGGGCCGUACUCCUCUACUGGUUCUGCCUCAGCUUCGGGCACACGUUCACCUUAUAAUCGGUGUGAAGCGUGCCUCCACACGGCCAACCUGUAUGACAUUAGUGAGGACCAGCUCCUUGCAGACCCUUUGGUCAGUCCUACCAUGCAUCACCAACAGCAGCAGCAACCGGAUGAAAUGUUUGGUCUGUACUGGCCACAGACAGAUGGGCCGCAUGUCCAAAAAAGAAAUCGCUUGAGGCUGAGUCGUCAGCACUCCUUUGACAACAUCAUGCUUGAAAAGCCCAAAGAUGUAGAUCUGGGCCGACCGGCACGCAGUGUCAGCCUCAAGGAGAAGGAUCGCUUCUUGGACUCCACGUCUGACUCGCACUACGCAAACCUCUUUGGUAUGCGUCCCUACUCUGGCAGACUCUUUGGCACUGGGUCCAAGUCCAUGCUGUUUAACCACAACCUAGAGGAGAGCAAGAGGAGCAAGUCCCUGUACCCGGCCCAUGGCUCGGAAAACCCUUUUCUCAGUCAUUCGCUGAGGGAUGACACCAGCAGCAGACUGGUCCAUGGGCGUAGCUCCUCUGAUAUUUACCAACAGCUUUCAGUGGCCCCCAUCAAUACACGCAACGAUGCGAACAAUCUCCGCUCUUCUGUUAAAUCCACCACUUCAUUUUGCUCACGGGACGGGCGGAUAGCUAAUGACAUGUACAAUAAAGAGCAUGCGAUGCCUUACUCAGCCAAUAAGACUAGUGCAUACCCAGCCCCACGUGGCGUCCUAAACUCAGCCCAGUUCAGCAAUAGACGGGUGUAUAAAAAAAUUCCCAGUCUGGAGUCAGAUGUUUAGUUGAUAUAAGAAAUAAUGUGUUCUCUCCUUCUUA